AUGUCCUUCGAGAAAGCUGAGAAAGCAGAGAGCGGCGAGAUCACCCAGGUGGACGUGAACUACCCUACUUCCCAUUCGACGAUGCGGCCUUCGCCCUCCCCUGCGCAACUGAGGAAGUUGGGCAACCCUGGGCCGCUUGGCUUGUUCGCUUUUGCUUCCACUACUCUUUGGUUGUCCUUCGUUAACGCGGGCGUACGGGACAUUAAUGCUCCCAACGCAGUCGCGUCGAUGGCCCUCUUCGUCGGUGGACUCUGCCAGCUUCUCGCGGGCAUGUGGGAAUUCGCCUGUGGCAACAGCUUUGGUGCUACAGCAUUCUCCAUGUUCGGUGGUUUCUGGAUGUCUUAUGCGACGAUCUUUAUUCCGGGAUCGGGCAUCCUUGCUGCGUAUGCGGACAACACGACCGAGCUCAACAACAUGCUCGGAUUAUACCUGGAGAUGUGGUUUAUCAUCACAUCCCUCUUGUUUAUUGCUUCAACGCGGCGAACCCUCGGGCUUGCUGCAUUAUUCCUGUGCUUGGCGAUUACCUUCCUUUUGCUCGGUAUCGGCAAACUUGUGCAGUCAACAUCCACCGGCACGACGAAGGCCGGCGGCGCGAUGGGUAUCAUCACUGCCUUCAUCGCAUUCUACGUUGGCACUGCUCAGUUGCUUGUACGUGAGGAGAGCUGGUUCACGCUUCCGGUCGGGCACCUCCCUCAGAGGCUUGACUGA